UCUCCUGGUCUCCCAUGGGGUGCAGGGCCCAAGCACUUGGGCCAUCCUCCACUGCACUCCCGGGCCACAGCAGAGAGCUGGCCUGGAAGAGGGGCAACCGAGACAGAAUCCGGUGCCCCGACCAGGACUAGAACCCGGUGUGCCGGCGCCGCAAGGUGGAGGAUUAGCCUAGUGAGCCGCGGCGCUGACCUUCUUGGAAAGUUUAAGCCCAGACACCAUCACAAACUGCAUUUCUGAGUCAUUCACUGUCCCGGCCAAGAGGACUGCUGGUCUUCACGCCCAGAGCCUCUGCCCCCAGCUUUCUUCCUCCAGCUGAGGGUGCUCUCUGCUGAGCCCCCACCCUUGGCGCCUUCAGGAACCCGGUUUCUCAUGUGCUGUGACUGCUUCCGGACCAUUCUGCCCCUGGUAGAGGACGCCAGGUUACUCACUCUGAGCCAGGGGCCUGGAAGGGAUCUGGCCUGAAGUGGACAAAUGCUGCAUGCUGGUCAGAUAGGGACACCGAGCCCAGAAAGGGGAAGCAGCUUCCAGCAUCGAGGAGAUUCUUAAGGAAAAAUGGCUCAGGUGCCCUCCCCACUCCACCUCUACCUCUCUGCAGAGGGGGCAGCAAGUGUCAUGGGAUGGGUCACGUGGGCCCUGAACAGCGGGGUCUCACUUCCUCUCCAUCACCCCCUCACCUGCCCGGGGUCUCAGGUACCUCCUCCCCUGUCCCGGCGGCCGGCCGGCCAGCGGUCACAAUCGCCCGGGUCGCGUCAACACAGGCCGCCCCGCGGGGCCGCGCCGCAGCAGUCCCGCGCCCGCCGCCCGCUGUCCAAGGCGUCCGGUGCAGUGGGUGCCGCGGCCAUGGGUUCCCGCGCGCCCUACACGCUGGUGGACACCACGCCCGCCAAGACCAUCCUAGUGUACCGCAACGGAGACCAGUUCUACGUGGGCAAGAAGUUCGUGUUCUCGCGGCGCCGCGCCGCCACCUUCGAGGCGCUGCUGGAGCAGCUGACGGAGCAGGUGGACGUGCCCUUCGGGGUGCGGCGCCUCUACACGCCCACACGCGGCCACCAGGUGCGCGAGCUGGACGCGCUGCAGGCCGGCGGCAAGUACGUGGCGGCCGGGCGCGAGCGCUUCAAGAAGCUCGACUAUAUUCACAUAGUUCCCAGAAAACCUGGAAAGAUGCGAAAGUUGAAGGAAAUCAAGCCAGUGGUACAUUGUGAUAUAAAUGUGCCUUCCAGGUGGCAAACAUAUCAUCGGAUAUCCAGACAUAUCAAUGUUUUCACAAAUGGAAGAUUAUUUAUCCCACCUAUAAAAAUUAUUAUCCCCAAAUUCAGUCUGUCAGAUUGGAAUAGCGUGCUGGCCACGAUUGGAGAGAAGGUCUUUCCUCUGGGAGGCGUUCGGAAAUUAUUCACGAUGAAUGGGCAUCUUUUGGACAACUCUAAGGAUUUGCAAGACAACCAUUUCUAUGUUGCUGCAGGACUGGAGAGCUUCAAGCAUUUUGCUUACUGGAAGUCCCCAAAAGUUCCCAGUGAAGUCCAACAAAGCUACACGGACACUGAAAAACACCCACAGAGAAAGAAAAAGGUGGAUUCCAAAGGAAAAGAGCCUCAUAAACAAGACAGCCUCACCCCCAGAACACAGGAUUCUGUUUAUUAUGCCAAGGAAGGAAAGAAAGAAACCAUGGUAGAACCUUUAGUCCAAACCGGCGCAGAAGGUGAUGUGUACAAAGCACAGACCCCCACCAAGGAUGCCCAAGGGGCGCUGCAAGUCAAGGAGGACCUAGACGUUCCAGUGGAGGAACCCGUGGACCAGGUUCCAGCUGAAAUAGUAAAAGAAGAUGAAGAGACACAGGUUACCACCCCUGAUUUUGAAAGCAAGGCGGAAAAAGGAGAUGAAUGGCUCUCAGAAGACGGUGAAAGAAAGGGAGACCAUUCUCGAGUGUCUUUUAAGAAAAGAUUGUCCUUAAGACACAACACAAAGAGAAAAGCGUCUCUCAAGAACAUCAGCAAGAAUAAAAAAGUGGUUCCGCUUUCUGAAGAACAAUAUGGCAUUCUAGAGGAAGAAAAUACAUCUGAACCACUAGAAACCCCUGUAGAAAUAGAAACCCAAAAACAACCACCAAUGAGACAACAGUCACAAGACGAAUCUGCAACAACACAAGAAGAACAAAUACCCGAGGGACAAGAAUUAUCUGAACACUCCUCCUUAGGACAACCAUCCCAAGAACAGGUACCUGACAGACAACAGCCUUCUGAACACUCUUCCUUGGGACAACCAUCCCAAGAACAGGUACCUGACAGACAACAGCCUUCUGAACACUCUUCCUUGGGACAACCAUCCCAAGAACAGGUACCUGACAGACAACAACCUUCUGAACACUCCUCCUUAGGACAACCAUCCCAAGAACAGGUACCUGACAGACAACAGCCUUCUGAACACUCCUCCUUGGGACAACCAUCCCAAGAACAGGUACCUGACAGACAACAGCCUUCUGAACACUCCUCCUUGGGACAACCAUCCCAAGAACAGGUGACUCGUCAACAACACAGAGAACAAGUGCCGUGAAAGCCAAACCUCAGCCAUGUUGUAAAGAACAACAGUCAAAAACUAGAAAGGAUCACAAGGAAAAUGAAUACAAUUAGACACUUUUUCACAUGAUGCUGAAGAGAUGGCCCAGGAGCACAAAGCAAUAAAUGAACGAAACCACCUUUAUGUCCACCUGAAGUCCACUUUCCUCCACGGAGGUGUUGCACAUGGACGUUUGAACAGCAGGAAAGUCCUGUGUGGGGGAGUAAAGCCCCACACAGUGCUGUCCUCUCUAAAGCUGGAGCCAAGGCUUUUCUGCUGCCUUCCUUAAGCUGAUUCCCUUUGCGGUGAUAUUCUUUUUAGUAAACAUUUAAAAGUGAAAUGCGGUUUUUUAUGAUAAAGCCCCACAAAGGUUGUCCCGAAGACCAGAGGGAUAUGAAAUAGUCGUGUGCAUUGACCACUCGCUAUUUUUUCUUUUGGAAUUGCUCGCAAAGGUAUUGUUUCAUUUUUUUAGGAAUCAAGAAUUCUCAUGAAAGAGGUACUUUCUGCCAUAUUAAAGUUCAAAGUAUGAAAAUA